AUGGACGUAUUCUACGCCUACACCUACUCAACAGCGGGCUGGCUCUCGCUACAGAGUAUCGCCCUAAUUAUUGUCCCUGAAAUGAUGACCACAAUGCUCGAACAAGAAAGCAGACAGCCAUCCUCAAUCGAAACCUACCUCUCCCGCUGCCUCGGCAUGAGCCUCCUCACAAUGGCCAUUCUAACCGUAAUGCUGACUGGCUCCAUCCCACUCACGGCCUCCAUCACCGACCCCGUGACAACCGACGACUCCGAUCCCAAGGCGCCCUACGCUGUGCCGACGAUGCAAGUGACCACCAUCUUCCAUUUCAUUUCAGCCGGGUAUGCGUACGCCUGGUUUGCGGAUAAGGGCCAAUUGGCAUUUGGAGUGGGAAUGGUGGUGUCGGGGGCGCUCGCCUCGUUGGGUAUCUGGUGUGCGCUUUUCGCGAGCAGUAAUGGGAAGAUUAGUCGGAAGACGGGGGCGGAUAAGAGGACUACAGGGUUCCCUUUCAAGAAUAAAGAGGCGGAGAAGAAGCAUGGGAAGGGGCUUGACUGGGGGGUACGUUUGUCGGCUGGGCGCAGUAUAAGCGGAGACAAGUGGAUAGAGUAUCCUGGCUACAUGAUCUAUGCAGCUAAACAGGACUUAUCAGUAACUAGUAGUCGUAUAGACCUCAAUAAAAUAGGGACGCGCACAUACCGAAAUCCUCUCACCAACCAAGCCCGAGCAUCAGAUACGUCUGACAAUCUCCGCAACCUAUCAAUGGGGGCAUUCCAGCUCCGAUAUACCCUCCAGAAUCAUAAUACAAAUCACGCUAAACCUAAAGCGCAUGAGAUUUCGGAAUAUCUGAUUGGCUCACUCGCUAAUGACAUCAUAGGGGCCAUACGCUAUACCCUUUCUGAGAUGACACAAGAACAUUCCCACUAUCACCCUCCUCCACCUCUCUCCCUCAUCCACAAUCCAAACAACAAAAUGGUCUACAUCGCCAAAGAAGCCAUCAUCUUCUUCGUCAUCCUCGGCUGUGUGGUAGUUUCUGUCUUCGGUUACUCCAUCCAUUACCUUAUGACCAAUGGGUUCUACGGCGAGGAGAGGAACCUCGACUUCCCACCCGAACAGCGGAUAUACAUGCGACAGUUACGGCUACGGGAUUUGCAUUGGAUGGCGAGAGAUCAUGGUAUUAAGAUUCAGAGCAAUACGUCGCCGGUCUAG